GAUUCCAGCAGUCCUGAUGACAAGGAUAUUAGAAUACUGCAAGAAAAGAAUAAGGAAAUAUUCAAAAGCAAUAAAAGAAUAUUGAGGUCAAAAGAGCUGUGGGAAUCAAAAGAAAAGCAA